UCAGAAAUUCAGAGCCAACAAAAAGAAAAUCCCCACCAAACAUUCAAAGCGAAUUCUCAAAGCAGAUCAUCUCUAAUCAUCCACAAAACCGGUUGUGAACAAGACAUGAGCAUCAAGCAAAAGAUUCUGAUAAGAGUUACUAUGACUGAUGAUAAAACUAGAGCAAAAGCAAUGAAAACUGCCGCUCAGUUUAAAGGAGUCUCGGCUGUGGAAAUAAAGGGAGAUCACAGGAACCAGAUUGAGGUGACCGGUGUUGAAGUCAAUAUGAUCUGUCUAACCAACACACUGAGGAAGAAAGUAGCCUUCGCUGAGCUUGUAAGCGUAAACAAAGUUGAACCACCCAAGAAAGAGGACGACAAGAAGAAGGAUGACAAGAAACCAGAUGAGAAGAAAGCUGACGAGAAAAAAACAGAUGAGAAAAAAGAUGAGGAGAAAAAGCCAGAGCCGUGUUGUUGUAAUCCAUGUUAUCAACCCUGGCCUUACGGAUAUGGUGUGCCGUCUUCCUCUCCACAUCCGUGUGAUCCCUACGGGUAUAACUUUAGAGAUUAUACUGGGGAACCUUUCUACAACUACGGACCCAAUUGGAGGUUCAUGUGAGAAGACUACAACGGAAGUGAUAACAACUUAUGUAUACUAAGUAUUUCAAGUUUCAACAUGUUAAUGCAUUUUGAUAGUCAGAUUUGUCACAUGAAUAAAUACCCUUGAGCCUUCCAUAACCACGCAAACUCUA